CUCUAAAUUCAGACAACUCUCCUCCUUCCAUGUUUUCUCGGCGGUUCACAGCGCUGCCUCGCUGCAAUGCUUGACUUCCAUUGGCAAACGUAUUGUUAUUUUUUGGCUUUUCUGGAAUGAGCCAGCAACUCUCUUUUCCGACUCUAAUCGAGAAUGACGCAGUACAUGCCCCUUUUCAAGGCUUGCACCAAAUUAAAAUCCCUCACACAACUGCACGCACAUCUAAUCGUGACGGGUCUCCACAGGGAUGUUCUCGCGUCGACUAAACUCAUUGAGGCAUAUUCACAAACAGGUUCGAUGCAGCCUUCAACGCUGCUAUUCGACUCCUUCCCUAACCCGGAUUCGUUCAUGUGGGGAGUUAUGAUCAAAUGCAAUGUGUGGAACGGUUUGUUCCGAGAAGCUAUUUAUGUCUAUCAGCGUAUGCUGGAUAGUUGGGUGAAGCUGAACCACUUCAUUUUCCCUUCCGUUUUGAGGGCUUGCUCGGGUAUGAAUGAUUUGAGAACGGGGGAGAAGGUCCAUGGAAGGAUAUUGAAAUCAGGGUGUGAGUCUGAUCCUGUGAUUGAGACCUCACUGUUGAGUGUUUAUGGUGAAUUGGGGUGUUUGUCUAGUGCAAGGAAGGUGUUCGAUGAAAUGCCGAUUAGGGAUUCAGUGUCGUGGAGCUCGAUUAUGUCUAACCACGUGCGUAAUGGGGAGGCAAGUGAGGGACUGGAGAUCUUUAGGGAGAUGGUGAGUGAGGGUGUGGAGAUUGAUUCUGUGACCAUGCUAAGUGUAGUUGAGGCUUGUGGUGAGUUGGGAUUAUGGAGAUUCGGUAAAUCAUGUCAUAGUUUUGUGGUGAGAAGGGAUCUAGGAAGUGAUCGUGAAGCAUUGUGGAGCUCCCUGGUUGCAAUGUAUGGGAAAUUCGGGGACUUGUAUAGCGCUGACAAGUUGUUCUUUUGCAGUGAAUUUCGUCGAGGUGUUAUUCAGUGGACGGCUCUGAUGUCGUGCUACAAUCAGAACGGAUACUAUUUGGAAGCAUUGUGGACUUUUGUUCAAAUGUUGCAGUCUGGAGUGGACGGUAACCAUGUUUCUUUCAUGAAUGCCGUGUGUUCUUGUGCUAGACUAGGAUGGCUUAGGGAAGGGAAAUCUGUUCAUGGAUAUGUUUUGAGGAAUAAUAUUGAGCUUGAUAAAGAUUUUCUUAGGUCCUCAGUGAUUGAUCUGUAUGCUAGCUGUGGCAACUUAGCCUAUGCUUGUCGGGUCUUUGAUACUGCUCAAUAUAAGCAUUUGGUCUUGUGGAAUAUUCUCAUAUCAGGCUGUGUCAGGGAACACAAGGCAGAGAAGGCUCUGUCACUCUUUGUUGGAAUGUUGGUUCAAGGAAUAUUACCAGAUUCGUUUUCCUUGGCCCCUGCUCUAUCGGCCUGUGGAAUGAUCGAGCUCUCAGAAAUGGGAUGUCAGAUUCAUUGUCUUAUCAUCAAGAGUUACCUCCCAGAUGAGUUUGUUGAGAAUGCCUUGAUUGACAUGUAUUCCAAAUGUGGGUUCAUAAACUCCGCAUUUAAAAUAUUCUGCGAUGUUCAACGAGAAAGUGUUGUAGCUUGGAACUCUAUGAUGUGUGGGUUCUCUCAAAAUGGUUGCUCUAAUGAGGCUCUAACUCUGUUUGAUGAAAUGUAUGCCACGUAUCGUGACAUGGAUGAAGUGACCUUUUUGAGCGCGGUUCAAGCUUGCUCGAAUCUUGGUUACAUUGAUAAGGGGAGAUGGAUUCAUCAUAAGCUCAUUACUUUUGGUGUUGAUAAAGAUAUGUAUGUUGAUACGGCAUUGGUGAACAUGUAUGCUCGCUGUGGAGACCUUCAUAUGGCUCGGAGAGUUUUUGAUACCAUGACCGGGUGGAGCGUUGUGUCUUGGAGUUCCAUGAUCGGGGGUUAUGCAAUGCAUGGCUAUGUUGACGAUUCGAUACUGUUGGUUGAUAGAAUGGUGGAAUUGGGAAUAAAACCAAAUGAGAUCACUUUCAUGAAUAUUCUCUCAGCCUGCAGUCAUGCUGGAUACGUCGAAAAGGGGAAGUUUUACUUUAACUCAAUGGUUAGGGAUUUUGGAAUUUCGCCCAGUUCUGAGCAUUACGGUGUUUUGGUUGAUCUGCUGAGUCGAGGUGGCGAUCUUAGUGGAGCGUAUGAGGUCAUUAGCUCGAUGCCCUUCCCUGCAGAUGCUAGCAUUUGGGGUGCGUUGGUGAACGGGUGUAGGAUCCAUCGACGGAUGGAUUUUCUGGAUAGCAUUAAACAAGACGUUUUGGAGAUGGAUUCGGAUGAUUCGGGGUUUUACACACUGUUGUCUAAUGUAUAUCAAGAAGAGGGUAAAUGGGAUGAUAGCUCCAUGGUGAAGGCAAGAAUGAGAAAUCUAGCUGUUAAAAAGGUCCAUGGCUACAGCAUGAUUGAGAUUGAUCCUCACUUGUACAGUAGUUGA